AAUUCCGGGCGGAGAUCGGACGGUUGUCCCAUCAUCCCCCUGGCGCCGCACCCUCUACGUAUUUCGUAUUCCGUGAAACUUCCAGGGCAUCUUUUGAUGUAGUCAGCCGUCACGCAUUGUGUUUUUCUGCGGGCGCGGGAGGGAGCGGCACUUCCGCCCUAGCACUCGUGUACGCAUGCGUGAGAAUUGAGCGACCGGCGUGCGUGUGACGUCACAGGUGCGCCGAUCUAAACUUGUGCUCUAGGGCGCGGUGAGUGAAUCCCUUGGCUGAUUUGCAGUUCGUUGCAUGAAUACAGGGUGGGUUGGGACCUGAACUCGUGUUCUAAAGAGGCUGAUUUACUUUAGAACAGUAUUUGAUGUAGUUAUUGCAGAGAAACUCUUCAUACGUGUCUUUAUCGUGAGCCUACUGUGUUCCGCAUCUUGCCUGGCGUUUCGGGAGCAGCUUAUUUGACAGCCAGAUACCAACUUCCCUGGUUGAAUUUGCUUUGGACAGCGUUGCGAAGCACAGCUGAUAUGCCUCUUGAAUUAAUAAAAGAAGUCAAUGGGGUGCCUGAAGUUAAGCUGCUAAAUAAAUUACAGAAAGUCGAUUUCAGAUCCCUGCAGGCAGGCUGUGAUUAUAGCCAGAAAUAUAUCCAGGGAAAACUUUCAAAUAUCUCUUCUUUAACUUAUGAUGGAAACAGAAAAGCUACUUUGGACGUUGUACUGCAAGAACAAGAAAAUUCAGAUUCAGAGAUCAACACCAUCAAUAUAUCAAUUUUUGGAAAAUUAGCAAAGGACUGUGCAAAAGUUUUCUAUGAAGGGGACACCAUUGCAGUGGCCGGGUUUAUUGUUUUGUUAUCUCCUUCAUCUCCAAGCAGAGAUGGUGAACAUUGCUUAGUUUUGAAAGCGUUUGAGGACUUGCAAUCAACUGUUUAUGUUUAUGUUAAAUCUGUAAGAGGCUUUUCUACACAAUCAAUGUCUUUGGUUCCAAAAUCACGUUAUGCAUACACACCCCUGAAUGAGCUCAAGGCUGGUAUGGUCGUCAAUGUCUAUGGUGUCGUGAAAUUCUUUAAGCCUCCAUAUCUAAGCAAAGGAACUGAUUAUUGUUCGGUGGUAACAAUUGUGGACCCGACAAAUGCGAAGUUAACCUGCCUGCUCUUUAGUGGGAAUUAUGAAGCCCAUCCGAUGAUUUAUAAAAAUGGAGAUAUUGUUCGCCUUCACAGGCUAAAGAUCCAAAUAUAUAAAAACGAGACUCAAGGUAUCAACAGCAGUGGCUUUGCAUCUUUGACGUUUGAGGGAACUGUGAGAGCUCCUAUCACACCUCGUACUUCAAGCAAGUGUUUUAACUUCACGGCUGAGGACCGCAGAAUGGUAGAGACCUUACGUGCUUGGGCCUCCACUAAUAUAGAACCUUCUUCGACAUUAGUGAGAUUGCGUGAUGUUCAGCCAGAACAGUAUUUUGACCUGACUUGCCAGCUCUUGGGCAAAGCCGAAGUGGACGGAGCAUCAUUUCUCCUCAAGGUGUGGGAUGGUACCAGGACCCCGUUCCCAUCAUGGAGAGUCUUAAUACAAGACCUUGUUUUUCACGGUGAAUUAAGUGAGCUCGAGCGGCUGCAGAAUCUAACAGUAGACAUUUUAGUCUAUGACAACCAUGUUCAAGUGGCAAAAUCUCUGAAGGUUGGGAGCUUUCUUAGAAUUUAUAGCCUCCAUUGCAAACUUCAGUCAGCGGAAAACCAAGUAACAUCGUUAGUUCUAGAGUUUCAUCUCCACGGAGGCACCAGUUAUGGCCGGGGAAUCAGAGUCUUACCAGAAGACAACUUUGAUGUGGAUCAGCUGAAAAAACAUUCAGGUCCUGAAUCAGUAUCACUAUAUGAGGUAGAAAGAUGUCAACAAUUAUCAGCUACAAUACUUACAGAUCAUCAGUAUUUGGAGAACAGCCAACUAGGUACUAUUUCAAAACAAAAAGCUCCUCAACAAUAUCGCAUCCGAGCAAAAUUGAGGUCGUAUGAGCCCAAAAGACUCUUUCAGUCUGUGAAACUUCAUUGUCCUAAAUGUCAUUCGCUGCAAGAAGUUCCACAUGAGGGUGAAUUGGAGAUAAUUUUGCGAAACGGUGAAAGUAAAACCCCAGAUACCAAACUACAAAAUACAUUAUUAUAUGAUUCAAAAAUGUGGACCACUAAAUACCAAGGAGGACGAAAAGUAGCUAUUCAUUUUAUGAAAAAUAAUGGUAUUCUCCCAGUUUCAAAUGACUGCCUGAUUUUGAUAGAAGGAGGUACACUCAGUGAAAUCCAAAAACUCGCCAACAGCUUUCAUAGUGUAAUUCCUGUGAAAUCUGGCCAUACAGACCUGGAAGUCCUUGACCUUUCAGGACCAUUCCUCAUACAAGGAAAAACACAUCACUAUGGAUGUAAACAGUGUUCUAGUUUGAAACCAAUACAGAAUCUAAAUUCUGUGGUUGAUAAGACAUCCUGGAUUCCUUCUUCUGUGGCAGAAGCACUGGGCAUUGUACCCCUCCGACAUGUAUUUCUGAUGACAUUUACUUUCGAUGACGGAACAGGAGUUUUGGAAGCUUAUCUUAUGGAUUCUGGCGAAUUCUUCCAGAUUCCAGCAUCAGAAAUUCUAACCAGUGAUGACCUUCAGCAAAGUUUGGGCACGAUCAUGGAUAUGUUUUGCCCUCCAAGAUUAAAAAUUGAUGCGUAUCCAUGGUUGGAAUGCUUCAUCAAGUCGUAUAAUGUCACAAAUGGAACGGAACAGCAAAUUUGCUAUCAGAUUUUUGACACCACAAUUGCAGAUGAUCUUAACUAAUGUUGACAUUCAACUUAAUAUAAUGUAAAAUAUUGUAAUUUUUGAAAGCAUUUACUAUUUUGUGAGAUUGCUAUAAAACAUGUAAAAAGUUUAUCUCAAUAGUUUAUUUUCUAUUUUAACCAUGAUUGUAAUUUUUCUUUUUUACAAAUAGACGUUAUGUUAUCUUAAUGCCUUCUGUAAGUUAAAAAUGUUCCUGUUGCAAAAAAAUAUCCAGUAUGAGAGCUGCUAAGGAUACAAAAGAAGGACAUUGAAUAAAUAAAGACUUGUUUUCAUUUAC